AUGGAUGCUAUGGAAUCCUUGAUUAAUGAAUUAAAAAAUCCGCCUUUUAAAUCUACUAUGGAUUUUCCUAAACAAUCAAGUAUCAAAAUUAUGAAAUCACAAUCUGCAAAGACAGUUAGUACUAGAGCACCUAAAAUUACUGAAAUUAUUUAUGAUUAGAAACAGAAUUUAUUAGAGUAAUCUUUAAAUUUUUAGAAGGCUGAGAAUAGUUAAUAUAUAGAUGCUGAUAAAAAUAAAAUUGUAAUAGAACCUAAGCAAAUUUAAUCUAUAUAUCAGCCUGUAAAAUACACCUCAUCAUUAUCAUUAGGGAGCUAAUUAAAAUAAUAAAAUAUAUAACAAGAUAAGAAUUUAAAAAUAAAUUAAUUUCAAUAUAGGCAAUGCGAUGUAUGUAAAGACAGAGGGUUUGAUAUAAUUGAAACUCCGUGCAAUCAUUUCUUUGAUAAAAAAUGCUUAAAUACAUAAUUUAAUUAAUAAUUCCUGAAUUAUGAUCAUCAAUAAAAAUUUUAUUGCAUCUGCAAAAAAGAAUUAUAUUCAAACUUCUAUAUAAAACAUUUAGAAUUAAAUGGAGAAAAAUUAUUCCAAAAAUAAAUAAAAAUUAUAUUUCAAAAAUAUUAGAAGAUGUUUUAAUAAUGUAAAUAGUGCUAAACAUUUUGGAUUUUUGAUAUCUAUAAAAAAACUAAUGAUAGUUGUUUCAAAUGUGGAUCAAUUUAUUACCCCUGA